AUGACAAAAGUGGACAAAGAAUCGUUGGCUGGUCCUGUGGACUGUAAACCUAUCAUUGUUGACAGGAGCCACAAGGUGAAUAUCGCCCCUACGCACCAUAAAACCCUCACCCAUUUGCCCAAACGACCCCCAGUGGACUUAGCUUUUACGGAUCUUACAUACAAUGUGCAGGAAGGAAGGAAAAGCAAUGUCAAGACGAUCCUCAAGUCGGUGUCAGGAAGACUGCGGUCGGGUGAGCUUACUGCAAUCAUGGGACCCUCUGGCGCGGGAAAAUCUACUUUGCUCAACAUUCUUACUGGCUACAAAACGUCUGGUAUGGAAGGCAGUAUAACAGUAAACGGCAUGGAACGCAACCUGUCUAGCUUCCGCAAGCUCUCCUGCUACAUUAUGCAGGAUAACCAGUUGCACGGUAACCUGACUGUCGAGGAGGCUAUGAAAGUGGCGACGUCGCUCAAACUGCCCAGCGCUACUUCAAGGGAAGAUAAGGAGGAAGUGAUUCAAGAGAUCCUCGAAACACUUGGUCUAGCCGAUCACCUGAAAACCAUGACUUCGAACCUGUCUGGAGGACAAAAAAAGCGUCUUUCAAUCGCGUUGGAGCUGGUUAACAACCCACCGAUUAUGUUCUUCGACGAACCAACAUCUGGUCUCGACAGUUCUUCUUGCUUCCAAUGUAUUUCCUUGUUGAAGACAUUGGCGAGUGGUGGUAGAACCAUUAUUUGUACCAUUCACCAGCCAUCUGCGCGUUUGUUUGAGAUGUUUGACCACUUGUACACGCUCGCUGAAGGCCAGUGUGUUUAUCAAGGCAGUACUGGAAGGCUAGUGGAAUGGCUGGGCAGCUUGAACCUGCAGUGUCCGUCAUACCACAACCCGGCGUCUUUCAUCAUAGAAGUAUCGUGUGGGGAGUAUGGCGAGAACACGAGCAAACUUGUCCGGGCUAUUGAAAAUGGGAAGAAUGAUAUCAGAAAUGGCAAACCAUUCCCAACUCAACCGAAUUACAAUAACCAGAAAGAUAUGGAGGUAUCUGCGAAGAGCGCUAUAGGAUGGAACGUAAACGAUGCGUCCCAAAUAAGAGAUAAAUUCGCCGGGGACGUACCAAAUAGUGCGAAUGGGGCAAAUGGGACGAACAGUACGAGUAAUUUGCAGAACGGUUUAUUGCAGUUCGCCGCUAAUGAAAUUUCUAAGGGUAGUAAAGCCGAGCCACUGGUAGUACAAAUGGACACAGAGAAGCAAGACAAUGCUGAAGUGGCCCUUUUAGGCACUGAUGGAUCCCCGCGUAGAUAUGCCACAUCCGAAGCCAAACAAUUCUGGGUUGUGCUUACAAGGACUUUGCUCUUCAGUAGAAGAGAUUGGACUCUUAUGUACUUGCGUCUCUUCGCUCACAUUUUGGUCGGCUUCUUGAUCGGUGCUCUCUACUACGACAUUGGUAACGAUGGGUCCAAGGUGCUCUCAAAUCUCGGUUUCCUGUUCUUCAAUAUGCUGUUCCUCAUGUACACUUCUAUGACCAUCACUAUAUUGAGUUUCCCCCUAGAGAUGCCUGUGUUAGUAAAAGAACACUUCAAUCGAUGGUACUCGCUACGAUCUUAUUAUUUGGCUAUCACCGUUUCAGAUAUUCCCUUCCAGGCGAUAUUCUGUAUAAUCUAUGUGGUGAUUGUAUACCUGCUGACGUCACAACCGCUAGAGUGGUUCCGGUUUUCGAUGUUCCUCUCUUCGUGUCUCCUUAUAUCGUUUGUGGCACAAAGUGUUGGACUUGUUGUGGGUGCCGCUAUGAAUGUGCAGAACGGAGUAUUUCUUGCGCCAGUGAUGUCGGUUCCAUUCCUUUUAUUCAGUGGUUUCUUCGUGUCGUUUAACGCGAUACCUGUAUACCUGCGAUGGAUCACCUAUGUGUCGUAUAUUCGAUACGGUUUCGAAGGAACUGCACUAGCAACGUAUUCCUUCAAUAGGACUAAUCUUGCGUGUCAUCAGGCCUACUGUCACUUUAAGAAACCAGAGAUAACACUAGAAGAGCUUGACAUGACCAACGCAGACUUCACACUCGACAUAGCAGCGUUGUGCCUCAUUUUCUUACUCCUUCGUAUUUCUGCUUUCCUCUUCCUUCGUUGGAAACUCCGCUCCACUAGAUAG